CAUCCGAGCUUGUGAGGGGAUUGUGAGCACCUAUUGUGAGCACCUCCCGGGCAGUCAAGCCUGUUAACUUACUUGACAGAAAGAGAAGCGUACCCAUCAAAUAUCAAAUACAGGCACCAUGUUGAUCCAGGAGAGUCACGCCGACGUGAAGACCAGCGUCAAUGGCGUCGAGUCCACGAUGAGAAUCUUUCUCUUCCACCCGACUAUCCCGCAAUAUCCCAAUGCGUGUUUUCCUGGAGUCGCUCUGUUCAGCGAGAUCUACCAGGUGACCGGCCCCGUCGCGCGAUUCGCCCGCCAGAUCGCCGGCCAGGGCUACAUCGUGGCCGCGCCCAGCAGCUACCAUGACUUUACGGGGCCGGAGCCCCUCGCCUACGAUGUCCCGGGGACCGAUAAGGGGAACCAGUGGAAGGUUGAGAAGACCCUCGAAUCCUAUGACGAGGACUCCCGCAGGACGGUGGACUACCUCCUUUCCCUCCCGACGUGCUCGGGCCGCAUCGGGGCCACGGGCAUGUGCCUGGGGGGCCAUCUGGCGCUGAGAGCUAGCCUCGACCCCCGCGUCUCGGCCUGCGUAAACUACUUCGCGACCGACGUGCACUCGCGCACCCUCGGCCCGCACUCGGCGCCCGACACCUCGGCCGCGGCGCCCUCGCCCGACUCCAACCACACGCUGGACCGGCUCUCGCGGCUGGCCAGCAGCGGCUGCGAGGCGGCCAUGAUCUUCGGCGUCAAGGACACACACGUGCCCGACGCCGGGCGCGACCUGAUCCGCGCGAAGCUGCGCGACGCCGGCGUCGUCUUCAGCUUCUACGAGUUCGCCUGGGCCCAGCACGCCUUCAUCCGCGACGAGCUGAGCAAGGGCCGCUACGACCCGGCCGUCACAAAGGUCUGCUUCGAGGUCCUGCUCGAGCUGUUCGGCCGCGUGCUCAAGACGGACCUGGGCGCCCGCGACGGGUCGGUGCAGAAGGUGGAGCACGUUUGUUAGGGGGGUGGGAUGGCCAUUCUGUGAGGGUGUGGUUGGGAAUGCUGUACCACGAUGUGUACGUACAGCCUGGCAGCAAAGGAAUCGGAUACGCUGAAACGGAAACAGGGCAUCAAGUAAAAGGAGAAUGACAGUUGACUCGGACGGCCACUUUUGCUUUCGUCACAACCGAAACUUGAUUUAUAAACCACAUACAAACAUCGCUAAAUCAAAGAGAAUGGGAGUGCCAAUGAAAGAUCCAAACAGACACGAG